AUGAGCGACCGCAGCAUGUAUCUCGCCAAAUACCGCAACACUACCACUCAGGGAGCUCAUUUUGCUAUCUUCAUUCCUAAUGCAGAGUAUGAUCGUGCUGGACUUAGCCAGGACUAUCGAUCAUCUCCGUGUAAGGGAACUAAAAUUCACGUUGUUGGUGAGCCAAUGUUGGCUGGCUUCCAGCUUGAGAUCAAGCACGAUUACGAAUGCAACACCGUUCAGGAUCUGAAGGAACUGGUACAUAUUGGCUACGUGAACCCCGUCGAUGUCCACACUCCAUCUUCUUCCAAGUUGCGUCAGGGAGAUAAUCCUCACGGGAGACUUGAGAGGGAGGCGCUCAAGGUCCCACCACCCCCUAGUGGACAAAAUAUUCGAGCACCAAUUGAUGGGGCAAGUGAAUGGACCAUGGAGUAUCUGUCUCAUCUCGUGGCGAAGGGGCUGGUACAUUCCAGCACUCUUUCCAUUGUGCAGGAAGAGCGGGAUGCACCAGAUUUCGGCAUUUUCGGUCAAAGAUUCGGUAGUUGA